AUGGGGUCUGAAAAAAGAAUUCAGGUGUCAUCUCUACUUCACCGUUGCCGAGAGAAUAAUCCUACAUGGAGCAUCAGCUUGGGCCUAUCCUCUCUCAUCCCGACAACAAAGAAUCCUAAUCUCAAUACAGAGAAAAUUUCUUCUGAGUAUUUCUGGAGCAUUCCGAACAACAUCCACGGCAGCACUGCAAGUUAUAGAAGGAAUUCUUCCACUUCACAUCAAAGCCAAGAAUUCCAACCUACAAACAAGACGGAUAUUUUUACAGAUGGGUCCAAAAUCGAGGGGAAAACCGGAUUUGCCUACUGCGUAUUCCAAAACGAACAAAUUACUCAUCAGUGGCUCGGCAAACUGAACGAAAAUAAUUCUGUCUUUCAGGCAGAGCUGUUGGCCAUUAAGGAAACAUGCAGAGAAGACGGUUCACAUUUUGGCAGGCAGGAGAGUCCACCUUUUGGCAGGCAGGAGAGUCCACCUUUUGGCAGGCAGGAGAGUCCACCUUUUGGCAGGCAGGAGAGUCCACCUUUUGGCAGGCAGGAGAGUCCACCUUUUGGCAGGCAGGAGAGUCCACCUUUUGGCAGGCAGGAGAGUCCACCUUUUGGCAGGCAGGAGAGUCCACCUUUUGGCAGGCAGGAGAGUCCACCUUUUGGCAGGCAGGAGAGUCCACCUUUUGGCAGGCAGGAGAGUCCACCUUUUGGCAGGCAGGAGAGUCCACCUUUUGGCAGGCAGGAGAGUCCACCUUUUGGCAGGCAGGAGAGUCCACCUUUUGGCAGGCAGGAGAGUCCACCUUUUGGCAGGCAGGAGAGUCCACCUUUUGGCAGGCAGGAGAGUCCACCUUUUGGCAGGCAGGAGAGUCCACCUUUUGGCAGGCAGGAGAGUCCACCUUUUGGCAGGCAGGAGAGUCCACCUUUUGGCAGGCAGGAGAGUCCACCUUUUGGCAGGCAGGAGAGUCCACCUUUUGGCAGGCAGGAGAGUCCACCUUUUGGCAGGCAGGAGAGUCCACCUUUUGGCAGGCAGGAGAGUCCACCUUUUGGCAGGCAGGAGAGUCCACCUUUUGGCAGGCAGGAGAGUCCACCUUUUGGCAGGCAGGAGAGUCCACCUUUUGGCAGGCAGGAGAGUCCACCUUUUGGCAGGCAGGAGAGUUCACCUUUUGGCAGGCAGGAGAGUUCACCUUUUGGCAGGCAGGAGAGUCCACCUUUUGGCAGGCAGGAGAGUCCACCUUUUGGCAGGCAGGAGAGUCCACCUUUUGACAAGCAGGAGAGUCCACCUUUUGACAAGCAGGAGAGUCCACCUUUUGACAAGCAGGAGAGUCCACCUUUUGACAAGCAGGAGAGUCCACCUUUUGACAACAUACGUAGAGUUCAAAUAGCAGAAAAUAGAUUGAAUAUGGUAGAAGACAGUAGACACUGA